AAAAGUAUAUGUCUGUUGAUAGCAUCCCCAAAGAAGGAUCGCUAUAAGUAUUUUCGUACGGUGAUUCCGACCGAUACGUCACAUCACCAUAAUAUACUCAAAAGGGAAACACCACUUGAUCGCUUUCGAUCAGUCCUCAUUGAACCGCGCAGUAGAACAUUUCGGAGCUUACAAUGAAGGUCACGGUACUGCUGUUUCUAGCCGGUGCAUCAGUCGCUGUUGGGUUGCCAUCAACGGAUCGCUCACGACGUCAGGCGCAGAAACCGGAAACAACAAAUGUUGCACAACCCCAACCAAAUUUUGGAUUCGGUAAUUUCGGACAAUUUGGCAAUGCAGCAGGAUGGCCACUGGGACAAGGCAUAGCACAGAGACAGGGGUUCGAUCAGAUGUGGCCGCAAUCAACAUUCAAUAGCGCAAAAGGAGGCUUUGGAAUCAAUCUGCCAAAAAUUGAAGGAGCAGAUGGGGUUACUGCAACUGCGGGCAUGAGCUGUUCUUACGAGAAUGGAAAGAAAAAGUGCACCAAUCAUCAAAACCAAGCAAAGACAAGAUUCUAAAAAUGCUGCGGUGGUACGGUAGGUGCUGUGAAAUUAAUAAAAAAUAGUGAAAUGAAUUGAUCAAUUCUCAAAUAAAGUGCAGCUUGUAGUGUAGUUUUGCUAACUUAUCCCAUUUUAUCUUUCUGUGAAAAUUGUGAAUCAUUAAUACAAGUGAAAAAAUACUAUUAAAAAACCAUGAAGAAAAAGCUGUGGAAAUAUGCGAGGAAAAAUAAAGAGCAAUGAAUUAAAGAAAUUAUCGAUUGUUAA